ACAUGGCCGCCUAAUAGAAAGUCGGGCCAUUUUGUGGUGACACCGCAUUAUAAAAGGAGCAGCCGACGAGUGAACAUCAGCUGGCCGCGAUUCGACGGCGAACGGCUCAAAAAGUCUGUAGCAGAGCGAGAAACGAGCAUGGCUAUCUGUCAAACGAGUGUGAAACGGCUGUACCAGAGUGUCAUCGACGAUGUGAUUCUGAACAUCAAGGACACCUUCCUUGAUGAGGGUGUUGACGAACAGGUGUUGACUGAGCUGAAGCAAAUGUGGGAGACAAAGUUGUCAAGUUUGCGGGCGCUGGAGCCGCUGCCGGAGCCUCCUGAGCCGCAGCCACCCACCCUCAGCACCCACAUGCGUUCAACUAACCAGACAAUGAAUGCUGUCAAGACGACCAAUGCAAUUCCGCACCAGACAGUCACUAAAACUGCGGCUCCUGCCUUGGUUGCUGUCACUUCGAACUCAACUCCAACGACUGCCACCACUUCGGCAGCCCUGCCCACAGCUGGGGUCACCACCAUCCCUGACCUGGGUCGAAUGGUACCCAUUCAGAUCACUCUGCCUCCUCAACCCGGCAGCGCUGAGACCCAGCCCCGGGUGCUCAACAUUCAAGUUCCUGCAGCUGCUCUUCAAGGAAACCAGUUGCACCAAAUCUUGUCUGGUCCGGUGAUGACUGCCACCCUGGCCCUUCCUCCUGUUGUUGCUUCCUCCCUCCUGCAGACCCACAUUUUGGCUGCGCUGCAAGGUCAGGCUCAGGCCAACACACUUGUGAAUCGAACUGUGACAGCUCAAGCUAUUCCAGUCACGCAGGCUGCAACGACCGUGGCUGCUGCUUCAUCAGUGGCGGCUCAACAAGCCCAACAACGAGUGUUCCAAGUGGACGGUCUGGGUGAUUCUUCAGACGAUGACAUUGAUGAUGACGACGACGGUGAUGAUGACGACGAUGACGCUGAUUCAACCAAAGAUGACUCUGCUGGUGAAGAGUCUGGAGGAAACGAAGAGGAGCCUUUGAAUUCUGGUGAUGAUGUCAGUGAUGAGGACGUAGCUGAGCAGUUUGAUACUGACAAUGUGGUUGUGUGCCAAUAUGAUAAGGUUACCCGUAGUCGUAAUAGGUGGAAAUUCUACUUGAAGGAUGGCAUCAUGAAUCUUAAUGGAAGAGAUUUUGUGUUCCAAAAAGCCAAUGGGGAUGCGGAAUGGUAACUUGGCCAGUAGAUAAGAUGGUGUCAGAAUAUUUUUCCUUGGAAAUGUAAAAUAUUUACAUGCGCAUAAAUUUAUUCUAAAUAAUUGUUAUCCAAAGAUUUGCUGAUACAAUUUAAACCGUUCGUAAAUGUUUUGGUUGUGCUGCUCUGCUUCAGAAAACAACGACACCACCCUGUCAAAAGUGCUUUUUAGUUAUUAUGUACACAGGGUAAUUUUUCAAACCACCUUAAUUUUUACUGAUAGUUGUAAUGUUAGUUCAUUUCAGUUUUUAGUUCCGAUGGGGGUAGUUAACUUAAGGGGAAGAAUGUCAAAAUGCUGCGAGUAUAAAUUCACUAUAAAAAUUAGAUCUUAUAACAUACAUAUGAAAUCAUUGAUUUCAUAAUACAAUGUCCAGUAUUCAAAUUAUGACAAUUCGUUUUUAUGCUUUAAUGGUGAACUCUCGUCUUCGUUGUAAAAAUUUUCAAACCGUUUCAAUAAAAUAUUUUUGUUCCUUGGGGACAAUAAA